CUUCAUAUAAAUAAAAAAUGGAUUUCAAUAAUUAUAAAACAAAUCAAAUCAAAAUCACCCACAAUAAAUGCAGCAGCCGUAAUUUUAGUGGUGUCCCUAGGCGAUUAUUGGACGGCAGUAAUCGUCAAAUAUCGUCGAUUGCUUUAAAUGCUUCAACGGCCUCAGCCAGCAAUAAUAUUUUAAUGAAUUCAUCUAGUUCACCGUAUGGCACACUGAGUAGCAUUAAAUCUACUCACUCCUCAUCAUCAUCAUCGAAUGGCAGUCAUAGCAGUAGUAGUGGUAGCAAUAAUGUUAUAACCUUUCAAUGUACAUCAGUCGAUACAGUGGAUGGCCUGCCACCGGCCUCCCCAUCAUGCUCAUCAUUUACAGCCGCUACACAGCAACAGCAACAAUAUGUACAACAACAGCAACAACAACAACAGACUCAACAGCAUCUGCAACAGCAACAACAACAAUCGUUAGUAGGCUCACCUGCCAGUGGUGGUGGGUGUUGUUUAGGCGUUGUUACCGCCGCCACUGCUGCAAGUGCCGCUGCUGCAGGCGGCUCUAGUGGCAGUGGUGGUGUACUUGUCUUAAAUAGCAAUAGCGGUGGGAAUAGCCCUCGUUUGGGUGAUGCGGCUUUAAGUUCUUUAGCAGCCAGUCCCACAGAUGCCUGCAGUAUACGCUCCAAUCCCUCGGCCGCCUCUUUAAUGGCUAACGAAAUGAUGGCGUCGGGGGGCGCAGGCGUUACUUCCGGCAUUUGUGGUGGCCUUGGUAGUACUGCUACGCUUUCACCGCUUUCUUCUUCUGCUGCUGCUCAUCAUCUUAUGCGACGUCCCAGCAUUACUAUGUGCGUUUAAGUUCCAUUUUAUUCGCCUUAGAUAUUUUGCAAAAUUCCUUUUCAUUU